UAUUGAGCCAAUAAGAAACCAAUAGAGAAUUUAGAACUAGAAUUCGAAGUGGUUUAAGUUAAAUCUUAAGCACCACAUCAUGGCAAUGGGCAUGAGCUCCAUCAUAGCAAAACCAUCAGCUUGCGACGGCCUCCAUGUUAUUAGCUCCGCCUCCGCCGCCUCGAAAAAACCUUCCUUGGCUUCAAAGCCAAGCUUUCAUCCUCUACGUAGUGUAAAUCAUCAGCAUGGUUUUUAUCACUACAAUCUUAGCUUCAUGAAACAAGAUCAAAGGAAGCUGCCUAUGAGUAUGAGUAUCAGCUGCAGUAGUCAACCUAUUCCACCACCAGCAGCCCCUUCGAGCUCUUUUCCAGGCUUACCUGGCAGGAAAGGCUGGCUUAUAGGGAUAGCGCUAUCAUUCUUUCUACCAUUCAUGACGAACAAAUGGGGUCCCUUGUUGUUACUAAAAAAGGAAGUUGACUCAACUCUAGAGAAAGUAGAACAGACGGUAGAAGUAUUGGAAAAGGUGGUGGAGGAGGUAGAGAAAGUGGCCGAGGAAGUGGAAGCGCAACUUCCUGAAGGACAACUUAAAAAUGCUGUUGCUAUGCUAGAGCAUGCAGCUGAGCAAGCAGACAAAACUGCCCAUCUUGUUGAUGACACUAUUCACAGAGUAGAAAAAUUGGAAGAGGAAAUAGAGUCACGUGUUGAAUCAGAGCUAGCAAAAGCAAAACAAAAACAGACAAAUGAAGUAGCAAAAACUGCAAAAGGUGGAACAAGCAUAAUAAGAAAGGGCGGAAAUCAAGAAAAAGAAAUUUAAUCAUAUUGUUUAUUGUAUGUACUACUAUUAAUAUAUUAUAGUACUUUUAUGUUGUAUUGCAGUUUGUUAGGUCUAGCUAAUCCGUUGAAUGUGGAAUUCAUUGUAAUUUUAGAGUUCCUUAUUCUUUUUUCUUUUGGACGGUAUUAUAUGUACGUUUAAAGUUAGUGACCUUUGAAAUGGUCGGAACUCAUACUAUAUAGCAAAAACUCGUGGUACGCACAAAUUAAUUAA